AUGGCUCAAGCAUACAACAGAGAUUUGACUCAACUUAUUAUGCGUCCCAAUGUUGGUAAAGUUGGUAAAUUAGUACGUGUAAGCAAUUUCUUUGAAAUGACAAGUCUUCCAGCUCAAAAUAUACAACACUUGAAUAUUCAAAUAUUACCUGAUGGUACUCCUCCUGUUAUUCUCAGAAAGGUGUGGCAAUCUUUUGAGGAUAGUCUUAAAGGUCAAGCUUUUCUUAACAAGGUCAAACCUAUCUUUGAUGGUCGUGCAAAUCUCUUUUCUCCAAAACCACUCAAAUGUGGUGAUGAUAAUCUUGGUAUUUCUUUUGAAGUAAGUCAAUCUUCCUUGGAUAAGACUUACAAACCUCCUUUCACCUUUGUGGUUUUUCAAAAACGUCAUCAUGCUCGAUUCUUCCCUGUUGAACCUCAUGAUGCUGAUCGAACUGGUAACUGUCAACCUGGUACCGUCGUGGAUACUGAUAUCGUACAUCCCUUCGAAUUUGAUUUCUAUUUGCAAUCACAUGCUGGUAUCCAUGGAACCUCUCGCCCUGCUCACUACCACGUACUUUAUGAUGACAAUUAUUUUUCUGCUGAUGCUCUCCAAGAACUCACUUACAAUUUGUGUUAUACAUGCGGCAUAACGACCAAUGCAGUUUCCAUCUGUGCACCACUUUAUUACGCUCAAUUGGUAGCAAAAAGAGCAACAUUCUACCAAUUGGGAAAACAAUGGGACGGUAUUACUGGCAGUACGAAGGAAACUGAACUUGCAUCUUUUGGCUAUGUGAAAAAUGAAUUGAAAAAUGUCAUGUACUCUAUGAUGACAAUCAUUUUUCUUCUGAUGCUCUCCAAGAACUCACAUACAAUUUGUGUUAUACGUGCGGCAUAA